UAUUUUCACCUUCACUUCACCCAAGAGAAAUCAGGUAGUCUAAAAAUAUAGUAAAUAUCUCGUUUCCGGUGAAAGUUUCGCCCAGUUUAAUAAAUAAACUCAAAAUUGACAAGUUUUUAAAUUUUUACAAUAAGAAAAUUAAUUUACGUUUAUUUAAUUUAUUAAUGCCAACAAUACAUCCCCGUUUAUUGUUAUUAUUCUCUACAAAUAAUGGAUUCGGAUAAUACUUCGCCAAAGUUUUCCACAUCAAUUUUCCCCUCCACGGCCAGCCCUUAUCAUCACGGAUUAUCAUCAUCGUCAGGCGAUGCUAGCACAACAGGGUCAAGUUUUUUUCGAACUAAUUCCUCCGAGAAUAAUGCAACCCUGCCGAAACAUGUUAGUGAAAAUCCUUUUAGUGUGGGGUCGUCGUCGACCAUGCAUCAUCAACAAUUCCAUCACUCUUGUACCACCGGAAAUUCGUCAACGACACAAGGAAAAUCUGGGCAGUUUUUGAACAAAUCAGUUCCGUCUUCUUCUGGCCCAACCCAGAAGAAUUUGAUGGACCUUCUCGGAGACUUGGCGCAGAGCAAAUUGAGCGUGGAGAAUGACCAGAAAGCGUAUGAGCAAAAUCGUCUUGAGCUGAACAAUUUGAACAGUGGAUUAAAACAGUUGCAACAAAAAAAGAUUGACACCGAGAAGCAAAUUGGGGAGAGUGAAAUGGAGUAUGCUCAGUUAUCUGCAGAGUUGUCACUUGGCCUAAUCAAAGAGAAGGUGGUGUCGGAGGGUCUGGAGAGGUUGCAGGUUGAUCUAGUGAAUGGGUGGGACAGCUUGACAGAUAUUAGAUCAAAGAUGUUCUCUGUGUCUGGACGAUACUUGGGCGAAUGCACAAAGUUUGCCCAGAUGUAUAAUUGCACUGAGAUGGGGAGUGAAAGCAAGAGAAAGUUUUUAAUAAAUGAACUGGAAGAGUAUAGGGUCCAGAAACAGCAUCUCGAAUAUGAUUUGCAAAAGUUCCUCUCAAUGAAGGCCGAAGUGGAUAAAUCUGAAAAGGAAAAUCGAGAACUGCAGCAACAAUACCGAUUGCAGGAGGAAACUGAUCGAAAAAGGGAGAACGAAGCUUAUAACAAAUUAUUGGAAGCUGAACAAUGGCUGGGACAAUUAGAGAAGAAAAAAUCAGCGAUGGAUAAACAGCUCCAAGACGAAAUUAAUAAAUUGCAGGCAAAACUUCAAAAGACAAAGCAAUCAAUUUCAUACUGGGAACGGCGAGUUUCAGAAAAUCAGCGAAUGGUUGGCUUUCAGAAUCCAUUGUUGUCUUCAACGUCUUGUAUGGUCAGCAGUGCUACAUCCCCUGGAAUCCCCUUCCCAGCUCCAACUAUUCGACUGGGAAAUGGACAAAGUGUGGUCACCAAUAAUAAAACAGCACGAGUAGCGCAGUACGUUCGUCCGACACCACAAGUUCAAAAUAAUAAUCAGGCCAUUAGUAAAGGACCCUCAAAGCCAAACCCACCCAAAAUAAUCCAAACGAAACUGCAAUUUAGUAACCCCAUGAAUCCCCCACUCAUAAGGCCAACAAAGCCCAAAUUUAUUUCACCCCUCACUACCUCCAACGACCGUAAUCGUCCAACCGGUGGUUGCUUUAAAAAUCCAGUUCAAUCUAUUCCGCAGAAUAAAACCGUUGACUCUGAUGAUGAUCCAUUUAACGAUUCAUUUUCGUCAUCUCAAUACUUUUCCCCUGACCCGAUCUUCCCCUCGAAAACUUUACCACAGCCGACAUUAACAAGUUUAAGCAAUAACAGCACUGCUUCUUCUUCUUCGCUCGGACUACGAACCUUCCAGUUCAAAAAGAAAGCCGUUGAAGGGCCCCACAUUUCUGGACCUACCGGACGCUCAGUCUCUGUCACACUUGGAACAACCCCAUUUGCUACGUUUCAAAAUAGUCGCAGCAUCCUUCAAGAGAAACAUCAGUAACUACACAAAGUCUUCCCCUUUGAUGAUGACCAAAUGAAAAACGCCAGCUCAGUAGGCCAAACUGUUAAUUAGUAAAUGGACAUUUUCUCAUGUUUUUUUAUUUACACAUCAUACUUUCAUGUAUUUGAGAAUUCUUUUAAACUCGUUUAUAUUAAUUAGGGUAUCGCUGAGUUAGUUAUUCUUUGAUUACUCGUCCAAGUAUUAUUUCCUUCUCAUACAUAUAAAUGACAUUUGUGUAUUCAUUAAACAAAGACGUAAUAAAUUUUCUGUGGAUGUAGCAUUUAA